CAGCUGCAGAUGGCAUAAGCAAAGUUUAUCAAUUUGAACAAUUAGUUGAACGCUGCUCUAUGUCGCGGUCAAGUCCCGGUCACUAAAAUAAAGAGCGUGCCACGGCUUUCAUACAGCUGGUGACCCUUUCGUGUUUCGUGCAGAAGUUGUGGCGAACGCUUUCUGGCAUUGCUUGCUACAAUGACGCGAUUUCCUCAGUACACGAGGCGGUGAGUCAGUGGCAGUUCUAGCUUACAUUCAUAAUAUGGUGCCAGACUGGGCACAACGUUCUUCUUGCUUUGUGGCCACCCAUGCAACACGUAAUGCUGCACUUGACGCAAUGUUGAGUCGACGGCUGUGAGAUCUUUCAGUUCACGGGUUGAUAUGACGCCUUCGUCAAAACUUUGCAGUGUUAGCACAUAUUCUGUGUGCUCACGUUCGAUACCAUCUCCAGUGACCUGCUUAUAUAGGCAAUCUGUUGAGUGCGUCCGAGUUGAACAGCUGCUUUCCAAGAAAAUACUGAAGCUUUUACCUGUAGUCUCCGUGGUAUAGUGCCCAUCGUUGAAUACGUGCAGCCGCCAUGCAUGUUCGGUGUCUGGCGGUCACGUCUCAGCAGGCCCACCAGUGGUUGAUGAUCCGUGACCAAUCGUCGGCCAUCAACUGCUACACGUGCAGCAGCGUGAACGGCACCAACCCGAACUGCCACGACCCGUUCCACCCGGCGCAUGCGCGAUACGUGAUCGACUGCACCGUGCCCAAGGACGGUCACGUGGGACGAUUCCCGGCCCACUUCUGCGUCAAGGUGGUCGGCACCACCAUGGACACCAACAUCGAGAUGGUGAUUAGGAUCUGCUCCCUGGAGACCAUGGACAAUUCUUGCGGCGUCUUCCGGUACGAGGACGACAUUCUGCGCGGAUGCAUCUUGACGUGCAACAACGACGGCUGCAAUGCGGCCCCGCCCCCUCUGCGAGGCCACGCCUCCGCGGGGCCGCUGCUGCUCCUCUUCCUAUUGGCCACCCUGGCAUCUUCCAGCAAAGUGCCGCUGACGUAUCCCCCGUGAUGGCCGCGGACUCAGUGAGAGAUGUGCACCACUUCCUGCGUAGCCAGCGCUGUGCUCCGAGUGAUGCGUCGUGUCUUACAUCUGUUGUGUGCCACCUUGUGUCUCACCUAGCAUUGUGCAGAAUGGCCCGAUAUGGGAGAGAAUGGCCGAUUAGCGGUUGAGAGCAAGUUCCUAAAGCCUAAACCUAGGGUGAUAUGUGGAGCUACUGGAAAGUUUGAGUCCCCGCAGCCAAAGAAAACUUUGGGUACGCAAACGCACCUUUGAGCACCCCAGGCGCCACGCCCUGCUUGCGAUCUUUUCUACACAGUACAAAACCGUGUAUACCUUAUUUUUCUUUCUUUUGUAUGCUUUUAGCCAGUGGCGUAGCCAGAAAUUUAUUUCGGGGGUACCCGCUUUAUCGGGAACAAGAAGGGGGGGGGGAGGGAGAAGGGCGCUGGACAGGCACCAUAAUAAUACAGAAAUUGAGCAUCGGCUCAGAAGGCAGUGAAGGCACUUUUGUGCUUUCUGAGAACGUCUGGUUUGCAUGAAUAGUUUUGACUCAAGUACUGUCCGUGCAUGUCUCUAUGCCCUCUCUCUUCCCCUUAUCCCUUCCCUCUUGCGUAGGGUAGCCAACGGGAUUCUUGACUGGUUAACAUCCCCGCCUUCCUUACAUCCCUCCAUCUCUCUCAGGAGGUUGGGGCGUGCAGGGGCUCGUGGCCGGCGUGCCACCAUGGCUAUACGCCACUGCCUUUUCACAUUCUUUUGUAAACCCAGCGGUUUGUGUUUCCAAACUAUGGGCGCGUAAAGUCUACGUGAUCUGCAAGCGCUUUUUCACCACGCAUCGCAACUAGAGCGGGCAUGAUGGCAAGUGCAAUUAAGUGUCGGCUAAGUUCGGUUCUUCGCUCAUUUCUUAGCGCAAAUUUUCUAUAAGGUUAACAAUUUGGGCUCACUUUUACGACUUUCGAGAGGGUUGACAAGUAUGUGCUACGUGAGCUCACAAAGGCCAAUCUGAAAUUCGUACUUCCCAUCGUUCCUGUGAUAGGUGAAUGAAUACAAAAGCAGUUCUCCCUUUAGUAUAUGUGUAUUAAAUGCUACAGUUUUGAAGACAACGCAUUUCUCAUCGAGUUGCUGUCACUUUAUAACACUAUUGCGUUAAGGGCCACAUGUUGCAGAAAAUCCGGUGUCGGCGUCGGCGAAGUUGUCCGUGAGCGUAAAUUUCUGUAUAUAUUUAGGUAUGUUUAUAUGCCACACCUUGUUAUAUGACAUGCGGUAUAUGCGGGGUUAUGCUGUCAUACUAUUCAAUCGGUAAAGUUACUCAUACUUUGUCUUAUAUUCUUGAUGAAGUUAUUUCUCGUAAUUUUGAGAAUGACAGCCCCAAAAAAUGUUAUGAAACAAAACACCGACAGCGUAUGCCUUCUAUGUUAAAUUUUCUCAGAGUUAGGUAAAUAUUAAAGGCACGAAACAAUAACAGAAACAUGAAAAUGAUGUGAUUAUUUUGGUGAGGCUGUGCAUACCUCCGGAAUCAACCCACGCAAGAGACCGCGUUUCUACCAGGAAACUCGCCUUUGUGCAUAGCGUUCGCCACCAGCGUUUCCCUGUAAACAUUAAGAUUACGUAAGCUGCAGUUGCCUGGAAGCGUGAGACACAGUCAGGGAUCUUUGAAUGCUAUCGAGUUCCAGUCUUAAAUUAAAGGGGCCCUGAACGACUCCUCGGCCUUGGUGAAGUAACAUACUCCAUGGGUAGCAUACGCUGCUGUGAACAUCUCAGCCAAGUUUUGCAGUCGUACAUCGUGCGUGGAGACGCAAGUGGAGCACGAAGUCACUUUUCUUUCAAACACUCUCUCUUCAACAGAAACCUGCUCCUCAUUCUCUUCUGGACGUUUUUGUGAUAAAGCGGAUUCCCAUACGUGACUGCUAUUGGUAGCUGCGGUCUGCUACGUAGCGUAGAUAUCGCGGCCUCCAUGGGCUGCCGCCACGAGUCCACUGGCUAAGCACACUACGGCUCGCUGAGGAGAAGCACGUUUGGCUUAGGUUUAGCAUGUUGUAGGCACCAAAUCUGGAGUUGUGGCAUCUACGUUAACAUCCCACAUGAAAUAUGAACUGCACCCCACGAUGACAUUUAGAAGGCGGAGUGUCUUGGGUUUGCCCCACUGCACUGUAGCCUUUGCAGUGCAAGGCAUUGAAGAAGGAACAGGAGCACAGCGGAGGCUGUGUUUGAUUGCCAAGAACUCCGCUUCUGCUGAACGCAUUGAAGUACUUUUUGCUACAAAGUAUUUAUGAAAUAACAUAUCUUCACUUCAAAUGUCCUUCUCCACUUCGGUAAAAAGUGGUUUGGGUCCCUUUAAAGGCGAAGCUUAAGUGUCCUCCAAGUUUCUUUAUGUAUCGGCUAUGUAGUGUGUUUUUAGUCUGAAGCUCCCUUCGUGGAUCACCUUACCGCGUGUUCACCUCCCCUCAACUCGACCAGCUGCUAGCACACGCUUGAUCACGUUAUGAACGAAGAGAGGGUGAGAAGUCUGAUGUUCUCUUUCCUCACGUGACACGAUAGAGUGCCGUGCACAGUGACUCCACCUUCAGAACAUGGAGGAGCGCUACGUCCUGCUCGUGGGGGAGGCAUUUCAGUGUAUAGGACGGAGCGGCAUGAUACAUGAGACCCGCGCUUGCUGCAUGCCUUCGCGUUGCCAUGCAGAAGGAAUUGUUGACCAAGGUAGACCGAAUUAUACGGUUUGUACACCCCAUUGUCACACCCAACUCGCCCAGGGAGACAUGUCUUUUGUCGACUUCAACAAGAGGUUGAAUCAGCUUCCAUUUCUUUCUUUUUCCCCCCAGCGUUACUGUGGCCAUGAUGAAAGCCGAUGGCUGUAGUGUCGUUAGAGAGCUUUAGUAUAGGAGGCCCCAAAUGCUUGCGUCCCCCUAAUCUAAAACUGUAUAUUACUAAGCUUCAAGUGGAAACGUGCAGUUUGUGCUUGCGGCUAGCAGUAGGUGACACUUGCAUGUGUUGAUUAGGCAGUGUUGCAGAACCACCACCAGAGCCAGGGUGGAGGCGUCACAACCACCUGUUGUUUUUACAAUGCCUGUCCAGUCGCCCCAAAAUGCGUGGGAACUACCUGUGUUUCAUACAAUCUUUUUGUACGAAACUCUGUGGACCCCACCGAUGGCCCGCUGCGGCGGUCCCAUGUUCACACAAAUAGAACCCUGUUGUUGUUAGAGCAUGGACAACUUUUGAUGUGCGCUGUCGCCACUCCUCUGCUUCUGCAUUGCAUGCGUUAAAUGCAGUCGAUGUGAUUCUAACCACGCCCUCGUAAGAUGUAACUUCUGAAAAUGUGGGCGUCCUCUAAAUGACCGCUUGUUGUGGCAUCACUAUAACCAGUCAUUAAAAGAUAUACAGGAGGCUACAGCUUCAGUCACACGGUCAUUAUAGGCAAAGUCAAAUGAGAGUUUGCAAUGUACUCCCAAGUGAUACUGAAGAUUAUUCCCUGUUGUAAAGACAUCUAUUUAUCUAGGAAAAUACCUUGUUGUUUAAGAAAGUUUUUUUUUUUUACCAUGAAUGCUUGCCCUGUCAUAUUGUAGACAGCAUAUAAUGAGCAAACACAGUGUCUACUUUCAGUGACUUGGUGAUGCGUUUGAUUCCUACAAGUGCCAUGUAGUGCUUAGAGUUCACUAACAAGUUGCAUAAUUAAGCUGUUAAAAGUGAUAAUUCUCACAGUUAGGCACUCGCAGCAGCAUUUUAUGCUCUCAACUGCACUUCAUUUUCCACAACAGUAGGCACAAUGCGUGUACCAUGACCAUGUUAGUCAGUAGGUGAAGCUUUAACAUGUUCGACAUAUAACUCAUACCUCGUUAUAACGAAGUUGAAUUCGACAUAAGAAUAUCUUUGUCACAUCAAACACUCCUUACAAACAUAGUAACUUUAUAUGGUAAUUUGGUAUAUCCGUGAUCGUCGUAUCGAGGUUGGACUUAUAAGGAGAAAGAAGGGGAAAAAAAAACGGCAGCUCCAGUGGCUAGCUGUGCCUUUUAUCUUAAUGCUAGAUUGCAGUCCUGCAACUUGGGCUACUCACUACAGCUACUAGCAAGAAUGUGAACACGUAGCAAUACUAUAACCACACUGAUGCGUUGAAGGUUGUCUUUUGUUUAAAUAGGUGUGACGAGGAGUUAGGGGGGAGCAUGUUCACUUGGAAGCUUUGGCUCGGGCACCCCUAUCUAAAUAUGUGGGAAAGGAGAAACUGCUUUUCUAGGCAGCCAAUGCAUUGCAUUUGAUGAGGUUUUUUGCAUUUAGAAGAAAAAGUUAAAAUGUAACGACUGUUGGAAGCAGAAAACAAAACUAUUAAGUUUACAACUCUAACUCACCAAUGAAACAUAUCACAGUUCUGUAAAUUGAAACUAAUAGUAUGCAUAAAGGGGACAAGUUUGAUAUAUUAUACAUGGCUCUUAAGUACACCACUAACGCAUGAGUAGCUUUUGUGCAAAACCCUUGUAAACAUUGCAACAAAUUCACGUAAGGUAUAAAUUAAUAUAUCAAAUUUGUCCACUUUGGAUGUUCUAGCAGAUGCAGUUUACAGAAGCAUGAUAUCUGUUCUUGAUGAACAGUUACAGAUUUGUAAACUUUGUGCUUAUAUUUCUUUCACUUACCUAUUUGUGGCAAUUUUUGUAGUAAUAAUUCAGGAACUGAGUCAAAAUUCCCCUUUCAACAGUCCAACUUUCUCUUAUAAAUGCAACAAGCUUUAUUAAAAUUGCCCGAGCAGUUAUCUCAGAAAAGUGUUCCUGCGUUUUACAUGCAUUUGAAUAGGCAGGGUCAGAAUUCGACCAGAGCUAAAUCUUCCUCUCAAGUAAAACUAUGACACUUUCUCAAGGUUAAGGAUCUCAACAAAACCUGUAUCAUACGUUUUCCUUGGCAGUUUAAUACUAAUGUGCAUCAAACAGCAUGACUGACAGUCAUCUAGCUUUUUAGUGCUUUAAUUUUGAAAACUGGUGUCUGCCCUUCUGACAAACAUUUUUUCAAACAGAUUAUUUCAAACGGUCGGGCUAUGCUUGCUGUUUGUGACAUCAGCACGGGACAAGCAGCAUUAUUGCCUAUGUGUUUCACAGAUGUCGUUAAAGAAAGUGCUCAGAACUCCUAUUGCCACUGAAAAGUUCAAGUAACACACAGCUAUUACUGUAAGCAUUCAAAACAAUCCUUCUGUUCAAUUGCAUCUGCAGAGAAGUCUUUUACAACACAUGACUUUUUAGGGCUUGUCACAUCUGAACACUUCGUCCAAAGAUAUUGUUGCUGGCACUCCAUUGUCAUCCACUGACACCACUGUCAGUGGUGUCAUCACCGCUGUCAUGAGAAGCAGCCUUCUGGGCUGCAUGGUUCAUCUUCCAUAUUGAUGUCACUUCUUUCUUGCUGUGUAAAAGUUUUGCUGCAUUUUUAUAGAAAUUGAGUUUUCUUACAAGUGACAGAGCUUCCCUUUAACCCUUUUCAUGCCACAUAUAUUUUUUUUUUCAAUUUUAGAAAACUACUGAAAAUGUCCAAUUUAUUCAUUGUGAACAGUGUUCAUUAUUGCAAUAUUGGCACUUCAUUUUUAAUUUUCUGUUAUCUGCUGCUGUCAGCUUUUCAUGCUAUUGAGCUGCAGAUAGGCAUUGCCAGACAAACAGCCUAUGCGAGGCUACAUAAAAAUGACAAAAUUACUGCCAUUUGUCAUGGCGUUCAUUAGACGAAAUAAAAUUCCUGGACGAUGGCACGGAAAGGGUUAGCAUCACUGAUGUGCAAUGUAGCAAACUAAAAAAUGCAUAAUGUGUCCA